AAUUUCAAAAUUAAACAAGACUUCGCUUACUAUAACUAUAAAUUUUUCAAUUCAAAUGUGUUCAGUGCUGUACAAUUCCAUGCCAAGUCAACGGUCUAAUUUGGUCUAUUAUUGUGAAUUAGGGUCACACUGAUCUGGCGAAAUAUUUUGGUCACGACUGAUCCCGGGUUUGAGUAUUGAAUUUUGGCUUAAAACGAUGUCUGACCUAGCAAGUUCGGAGGAGGAAACCGACUUUAGUGUCCUAAGCUCAAGAAACUAUCAGCGCGUUCAGGAUAAAGUUGCAAAGAUUAGCUAUGUUGAUGGUAUCGCCGAUGGAAGAGAGAAGGUCUUCCAAGCCAGCUUCGAUCGGGGCUACGAGGAUGGUUUUAAGACAGGCUUUGAACUGGCUAAACUGAGCGCCUAUUUUGAAACGGAAAACUUACCAAACUCCGACGAAUCCAAAAAGUUCAAGCAACUUGGCCUUCCAGAGGCUACAGAUAAGACGCACUUCCAAUACUUGAACUAUCAAGGAACUCCCCUUAACGAGGUGUCUGAAAAACAAACAAAGUACUUGGAUAAUUUGAUGGAGCAGUUCGCACAAACUAUCCCUGCAACUAUUAAUUUAUUCACACCCCAAAAGAGGCAGACUGAUAAUGUUAAUGUGGUUUAAUGCAUGUGUUUGGAAAUUAUCAAAAUUAACUGAACAUAGUAGAUUUGCUUGCAUAGUAGACUUAUAAAUACAGGCCCUCGGGCGUACCCUCCUUCUUUCGGUA